ACCCCAUCCACACAUUUCCUCUGAGAAACCAUGGCAUUGAACCAUCAAAACCCUUUGGCUGUUCCAAGAGAAGAAUAAAGAUGGUAGCCAGAGCAAGCGCACCGGACAAGAUGCCCACGCGUGCGCGCUGGGGGGCGCUCUCCGUGGUGCUGAUCCUACUCUGGGGACACUCGUGCACUGCCCAGGCCUGCCCUCAUCCCUGCGCCUGCUACGUUCCUAGUGAGGUUCAUUGCACGUUCCGCUCCCUGGCUUCCGUGCCCGCUGGGAUUUCUAAACACGUGGAAAGAAUCAAUUUGGGGUUUAAUAGUAUCCAGGCCGUAUCAGAAACCUCAUUCGCGGGACUGACGAAGUUGGAGCUGCUUAUGGUACAUGGAAACGAAAUCCCAAGCAUCCCUGAUGGGGCGUUACGAGACCUCAGCUCUUUGCAGGUCUUCAAGUUCAGCUACAACAAGCUUCGUGUGAUCACGGGACAGACCCUCCGGGGCCUCUCGAGCUUGGUGAGGCUGCACGUGGACCACAACAAGAUUGAGUUCAUCCACCCGCAAGCUUUCCACGGCUUGAUGUCCCUGAGACUCCUUCAUCUGGAAGGGAACCUUCUCCGGCAGCUGCAUCCCGGCACCUUCUCCACGUUCUCCUUUCUGGACUAUUUCCGGCUCUCCACCGUGAGGCACCUCUAUUUAGCGGAGAACAAGAUCAGCUCUCUUCCUACCGGGAUGCUUCAGAACAUGCCACUUCUGGAGAACCUCUACCUGCACGGGAACCCCUGGGCCUGUAGCUGCGAGAUGAAGUGGUUUCUGGAAUGGGAGGCGAGAUCCAGAGGAAUCCUAAAAUGUAAAAAGGACAAAGCCUACGAGGGCGGUCAGCUGUGCGCCGUGUGCUCCAGUCCCAAGAAGUUGCACAAACAAGAGAUUCACAAGCUCAAGGACAUCGCUUGCUCGAAGCCGCUCAUCGAGUCUCCUCUGAGGCAGAACCGGAGCGGGAGCAGCGAGGAGGAGCAGGGACAAGAGGAGGAAGACGGCGAUGACCAGCUUUCCCUGGACAGCUUCCACCUCCCCACAUGGAAUGUCUCCUUGAACAUGACGGACGAGCAUGGAAAUACGGUGGAUUUGGUCUGCAGCAUCAAGAAACCCACAGAUGUGUACAAAAUCCUCUUGAACCAGACGGAUCCUCUUGAGAUUGAAGUCAACGCGACGGUCGCCUUAGAUUUUGAGUGUCCCAUGACCAGGGAGAACUACGAGAAGCUGUGGAAACUGAUAGCGUAUUAUAGCGAGGUCCCGCUGAAGCUGCACCGAGCAGUCAAGCUCAGCAAAGACCCCGGCGUCCACUAUGAGUACAGACAGGAUGCUGACGACGACGCGCUCUACUACACAGGCGUCAAAGCCCACAUCCUUGCGGAGCCAGGUUGGGUCAUGCAGCCAUCCGUGGACAUCCAACUGAACCGGCGCCAGAGCACUGCUAGAAAGGUGCUGCUCUCCUAUUACACGUGGUUUUCGCAAACGAUGUCCGCCAAGGAUGUGAGGCGGACGCGGAGCAGAAGCUGGGUGAUGGUCGAGACGAGCGAAGCCAUGCAAAGGGCUCAGACGGUCCUGGAAGGAAGCUCCUUCCAGCUGGGCUGCAAUGUGAGGGCUUCUGAGAGUCCUGCCAUCUUCUGGGUGUUGCCAGAUGGCUCUGUCCUGAAAGCCCCCAUGGAGGACUCAGAGAGCAGGUUCUCUGUCCUCAGUGGUGGUCAGCUGAGGAUCAAGUCAGCAGAGUACUCGGACUCGGGAUUGUACCAUUGUGUAGCUCAGGUGACAGAUGAAAUGGACCGGAUAGUGUACAGGGUUGCUGUGCAGACGCUGGUCACUCAGCCACCUGGAGGACACACAGUGACCAUCACCAAGAGCCCUGGGGAGCCAGUGGUAUUGCCCUGCAGUGCCCUGGCAAUUCCCGAAGCCCAGCUGAGCUGGGUUCUUCCAAGCAAAAGGAUAAUGAGCCAUCUGGCUAACACAUCCCAUGCAUACAUGCUGGGUAAUGGAACACUCUCCAUCCCAAAGGUUCAAGCCAGCGACGGUGGCUACUACAGAUGUGUGGCUGUCAACCUGCAAGGGGCAGACCACUUCACUGUGGGGGUCACCGUGAAUAAGAAAGGACCCAGCAGGACCUCAAAAAGAGGCAGACGCCCAGGCUCGAAGACCCUUUCCAGAAUAAGAGGAGAUGUCAUAGAGGAUGAAGGGGGCUCAGGCAUUGGAAGUGAAGACAAGACUCCAAGGAGGGUCCUACAUCCAAUGGACCAAGAGGUGUUUAUCAAAACGAAGGACGAAGCCAGUGUUGGAGGUAAAAAGACUAAGAAAGGCCGACGAAAAUGGAAACUCUGGAAGAAUCCUGAAAAGGAACCAGAGACGAACGUUGCGGAAGGUCGCCGAGCGUUUGAGUCCAGGAGAAGGAUCAAUGUGGCAAACAAACAGAUUAAUCCUGAGCGCUGGGCAGAUAUCUUAGCCAGAGUCCGUGGGAGGAAUCUCCCCAAGGGCACAGAAGUCACCCAGGUCAUACAAACCACGACUCCUCCAUCAGUGGGCGUAGAGGUCUCCCCUCUUUCUCCUGCUGUUCCUCCACCCUCGGUAUCUCCUGAACAGACAACAACCAGUGCAGAGGACUCCUCAGCAGAUACUUCCAUAUUCAAUGAGGAGGAGGAGGUUUUGAAUACCAUUUCUUCAGCCAGGAUUGCACUAGAACACGACCGCGAUGGGGGCGUUCUUGCUGAACCCACGGUAACAAGCACGCAGCUGGAAGAUGUUCUCGAUCAGGAGAUUUCUGAGAAGACAGAAGACUCGGCUCCCACCGAAGCUGACUCUUCAGUCCCUACACAGAUGUCUUUGCCUCAUGAAUCCUCUUCCCCUCUGCAGAUCCUGGACACGUCCUAUGAAGAGCCUACCUAUGAAGAGGUAGCAACAGAGGGCUGGUCCACAGUACCAAGCAUUGCAUCUGUGCCCCCACCCACGUCCAAAGUGGAUGAGCUGCCAUUGGAUGCCAUCUCUUUGGCGGAGGCUGAGACGGAAACAUAUCUUUACCCAGAUCCGAAGACUGAUUCUCAACCAGCUGAGGAUAAGAUGGAAGAUCUGACCUCCACAGGCUUCACUCCAACCCCUACCUGGUGGGCUGUGGACCCCAGGACAUCUGAGCCGUUAGGGGAACCAGAUGUACCAGCACAAACAAAUCUACAAGGACAAACAGAUGGCAUGAAGCCUAUGCAAGGGGGCUUAGGCACUCAAGGCAACUCACUGAUGAAAAAAGACGUGGUGGAGAGCUCUCAGAUACCUGGGGAAGGGAACGUCCUGGAGAGAGACCCCACAGGCUCCAGACGUCCCGAGAGUGAGGAGCUACGAGGGAUGGGCAGCCUUGCUCCAUUUACGCUGCCCAGAGAAAGCACACCUGAUACUCUACUUGCCAGGGACAGCAUUACAGUAUCAAUGAUGACGUUAGAACCAAAGACCGCUUCACCAACCGAGCUGACCACUCACCCUUUUCGAAAAAAGCCCAACGGGAGGAAAAAGUUACGACCUCACAGGUUCCGCCACCGGCACAAGCAAACUCCGCCGACAACGUCUGCCCCCACGGAGACUUUUUCUACCCGACCCACUCAGGUGCCAGAGAUGAAGGUUCCAAGCAAAGUGGAGGGUUUGCUUGUCUUGACAUCUGAGGUUGAUAACCUAGUUGGUAUCACCAAACAGUUAGAAAUGGGGAAACCUGCAGAACCAGUGACCAAGGGAACCCCAAGAAGGAAACACUCAAAGAAACAAAACAAACAUCGGUAUACCACGUCCACCGUGAGCUCAACGGACUCUUUGCCCAAGACCAUCUAUCUCCCACAAAAUAAACAUAAAUACGUGACUACUCCCAGCUCUGAAACUCUACUUUUAUCUGCAACCAUUUCUCUGAAAACCGGGGACCCAAGUGAGACAAGGAGAGCAGAAGAUGAUAUGACAACCACCUCAAAAGUACGUCUGUCUCUCAGUAAAGUCCAAGAGGCUACCACAGUCACAUAUAAGUCCGCAUCAGAUAGGAAGGAAAUUAAGAAGCAUUACGAUGUCACAAACAUCCAUGACCAUGAAACUAGCACUCCAGCCCCCACUGAGUCAGGAAUUAACAUCGCAUCACCUUCUGGCUCGGUGGUCUCCCCUGUGGAAGGAUUUAUGGAAGAAUCUUACCUGUUAGCGUUUCCAGGAACUCCAGGCUGGACUUCUCCCACGACAGCCCAGCCUCAGAGGGUGGAGACAGGCAGACCUCCUAGCAGUGCUUGGGAAACCCGGACAGACCCACCCCUUUGGAAAGAGUUGGAAAACACAUAUUUUCCUUCUGAGUUUUCACCUUCUGCGGCAAUCUCUACACUCUCUCAGCAGGGGGAAGACGCUGCUUCUGCUACCGUCUCAAGCGUGAGACUAGAGUCACCCUCAAGCCAGGCAGAAACCACCACUCGUGGUCAGGAUCAGCAAAAACCCACCCUAGCGACUACCCAUCCUGAAAUUAGACCACAAGAUCACGCCUCUACACCUGGCUCCCUGAAGGAACCAGCAUUCCCAUUCCCACCCACAAUGUCAAUGCCUUUAGUACAAACCACCACUAAGUUCACACCUCUUAGUACAACAACAUCUCAAACACAAACAGAGUCCAAAGAAAAUGUUUUGCUUAAUUAUGGGGGUGUCUCAGAAACCGAAGCACCCCAAUUGAACAAUGAGGGAACGCGGUAUAUAUUGAAGCCAAAGGAGGUAUCCACUCCCUCUUCCAAGCAGGAUAACGUGAACUUCUCUCCAAAGCAGGAGUUCGUAAAGGAGGUGUUUGAUGGUAAGACCUCAAGCACUCUACCUCAAGGUCCAGACAUUCACCACCAUGAUGGAAGAGCACAGAUUUACCACCAACCAGGUAUGGUUCCCACCAAAUUUACACCACCAAGAGGGACAGGGAGGCCACCACCUAUGGCCACUCAAAGCUCCUUUAGAUACUUGGUGACGUUCCAGCCGCCUCGUCAGGUGACCAGCAAACCAGAAAUAAGAGUGUAUCCUUCACAGGAUUUUCCAGAGAGCAAGCCCUUUGUGACUCCAAAAUUAACCACCACGACAACUCCCCUUCCACUUCACAGACCCAAACCCAGCACUCCCAGGAAAUUUGAUGACCGUGGAACCAACCAGUUCAAUGCCAACCCCAAAGUAUUUGGGAGCAACAACAUCCCUGAUCAAAGAAGCCCCGCUGGAAAGCCACCGAGCUCAAGACUUCCUCAUCAUUCCAAUGGCAGGUUCCCAUUCUUCUUUAACAGGACUUUUGUGUUCCCACAGUUAGGAUCCACCCUGAAGCCUCAGACACCCACCACUCCUGCCUCAGUGACAAGAGAGAGAAAAGUCAACCCAGAUUCCUACAACAGGAUACUUUCCCAGAGCGUCAACCACAUGGAUUUUGGUCCUCCUGCACCUCCUUUGUUGCACCCUCCCCGGGCCACCGUGCCACCCUCAACUAAUGCACACAAUAUCCCCCCAGUCCAUUCCACCCAGAGCUCCAUCCCUUUCACUAUGUCUUCUGGCCAGCCUUCCAGAAACUUUCAUCAGAGCAGCUCCAAACUCUUCUCCAUUGGAGGACUGCCUGCAUCCAAAUUCUGGACGCUUGGGGAAAAACCCCAAAUCAUCACCAAAUCCCCACAAUCCGUAUUUGUCACUGCGGAGACAGAUGCUGUAUUUCCAUGUGAGGCAACAGGGAAACCCACGCCUUUCGUUACCUGGACAAAGGUGUCCACAGGGGCUCUCAUGACUCCCAGCACGCGGACACAGCGGUUUGAAGUCCUGAACAAUGGCACCCUCGUGAUCCGGAAGGUCCAGGUGCAGGACCACGGCCAGUACCUGUGUACUGCCAAGAAUUUGCACGGUGUGGACACCAUGCCGGUCCUGCUCACGGUGACCACGCAGCAGCCCCAGAUCCUUGCCUCGCACUACCAGGACGUCACCGUCUACCUCGGAGACACCAUCGCCAUGGAGUGCCUGGCCAAGGGCACCCCCGUACCCCAAAUCUCCUGGAUCUUCCCCGACAGGAGGGUGUGGCACACUGUGUCCCCCGUGGAGGGCAGGGUCACGCUGCAUGAGAACCGCACCCUGUCCAUCAAGGAGGCCUCUUUCUCUGACAGAGGCGUCUACAAGUGCGUGGCCAGCAAUGCUGCGGGCGCCGACAGCCUGGCCAUCCGCCUACACGUGGCGGCCCUGCCCCCGGUCAUCCACCAGGAGAAGCAGGAGAACAUCUCUCUGCCCCCCGGACUUAGCAUCCACAUCCACUGCACCGCCAAGGCCGCACCACUGCCCAGCGUGCGCUGGGUGCUGGGCGACGGUACCCAGGUGCGCCCUUCACAGUUCAUCCGCGGGAACCUCUUUGUCUUCCCCAACGGCACGCUCUACAUCCGGAACCUAUCGCCCAAGGACAGCGGGCGUUACGAGUGCGUAGCCGCCAACCUGGUGGGCUCGGCGCGCAGGACAGUGCAGCUGACGGUGCAGCGCACCGCCGCGAACGCGCGCAUCACCGGCACGUCCCCGCGGAGGACCGACGUGCGGUACGGCGGGACCCUGCGCCUUGACUGCAGCGCUUCGGGGGACCCCUGGCCGCGCACCCAGUGGAGGCUGCCGUCCCAGCGGAUGGUAGAUGCGCUGUUCAGCUUUGACCCCAGAAUCAAAGUGUUUGCCAACGGGACUCUGUUGGUGAAGUCUGUCACCGACAAAGACGCGGGGGAUUACCUGUGCGUCGCCCGCAACAAGAUUGGCGACGACUACGUGGUGCUGAAGGUGAACGUGGUGAUGAAGCCGGCGAAGAUUGAGCACAAGGAGAACGACCACAAGGUCUUCUAUGGAGGUGAUCUGAAAGUGGACUGCGUAGCCACAGGGCUCCCCAACCCCGAGAUCUCCUGGAGUCUCCCUGAUGGGAGCCUGGUCAACUCCUUCAUGCAGUCGGACGACAGUGGUGGACGGACCAAGCGCUACGUGGUCUUCAAUAAUGGCACGCUCUACUUCAAUGAGGUGGGGAUGAGAGAAGAGGGUGAUUACACCUGCUUUGCCGAGAACCAGGUUGGCAAGGAUGAAAUGACGGUGCGCGUCAAGGUGGUGGCGGAGCCCGCAGCAAUCCGAAACAAGACGUACUCUGUCAUCCAGGUCCCCUAUGGGGAUGUGGUCACUGUGACAUGCGAGGCCAAAGGGGAACCCACCCCAAGGGUGACCUGGUUGUCUCCCACCAACAGGCUGAUCCCGGCCUCCUCGGAUAAGUACCAAGUCUACCAAGAUGGCACUCUUCUGAUUCACAAGGCUCAGAGGUCUGACAGCGGUAACUAUACCUGUGUGGUCCGGAACAGUGCCGGAGAGGACAGGAAGGUCGUCUGGAUCCAGGUCCAAGUCCAGCCACCCAAGAUCAAUGGGAACCGCAAUGCCAUCACCACAGUUCGGGAGAUUGCAGCUGGAGGGAGUCGGAAGCUGAUUGACUGCAGAGCGGAAGGCAUCCCGGCUCCAAAGGCACUGUGGGCAUUUCCCGAGGGUGUGGUCUUGCCUGCCCCAUACUACGGGAACCGGAUCACCGUCCACCGCAACGGCACGCUGGACAUCCGCAACCUGAGAAAGAGCGACUCUGUCCAGUUCGUGUGCAUCGCCCGCAACGAAGGCGGGGAGGCCAGGCUCAUUGUCCAGCUUACAGUUUUGGACCCCGUGGAGAAGCCCGUCUUCCAUGACCCGGUGAGCGAGAAGAUCAUAGCCAUGGCUGGGCACACCAUCAGCCUCAACUGUUCUGCUGCGGGGACCCCAGCGCCCACGCUGGUGUGGGUCCUUCCCAACGGGACGGAGCUCCAGGGCGGCAGACAGCUGCAGCGGUUCUACCACAAGAGCGACGGCAGGUUGCACAUCAGUAGCCUCUCCUCUGCAGACGCCGGGGCUUACCGCUGCGUAGCAAGGAACUCUGCGGGCUACUCGGAGAGGCUGGUGUCGCUCAAGGUGGGACUCCGGCCCGGGGCAAGCAGCCAGCACCAACACGUGGUGACCAUCAUCAAUGGAGAGACGUUGCAGCUCCCCUGCCUCAUCCAAGCCAGCCGGCCGGCUCGAUUCUCCUGGACACUCCCCAACGGCAUGGUCCUGGAGGUCCCCCAAGAAGUGGGGCGCUUUGCCCUCUUGGAAAACGGCACGCUGACGGUGCAUGAGGCCUCGGUGUUUGACAGAGGGACCUACACGUGCAAGGCAGACACCGAGUACGGCCCUUCCGUCAUGAGCGUCCCGGUUAUCGUCAUUGCCUAUCCGCCGCGCAUCACCAGCGAGGCCACACCGGUCAUCUACGCCCGUCCCGGGAGCACCGUGAAGAUCAACUGCUUGGCCAUGGGCAUUCCCAAAGCCCAGAUAACGUGGGAGCUACCAGACAAGUCCCAUCUGACUGCCGGCACCCAGGCUCGCAUCUACGGGAACAAAUUCCUCCAGCCGCAGGGCUCCCUGACGAUCCAGCAGGCGUCUCCACGAGACGCAGGUUUCUACAAGUGCACAGCAAAGAACAUCCUGGGCAGGGACUCAAAGACCACUUACAUCCAUGUCUUCUGAGAGACCGGCCGGAGUCACGGCUUGGGAAGUGAGAACAAGGCAGUCAUUUGUAAAGGGAGCCUGCUCGGGGAGAUGGAGCCCUUCGAAGGAUUUUUCAUGGUGCCUGGUGGUCCUCGGGUGGCUUUCAAGCUGAGGGUGACCUUGACCUUUGAUUUGUUGCUUGAAAGAAGUAACACAGGCGGGCUAACAGGAGUCAGCCUCCCUGGAGACAUCCUUUCCUGGUUACCGGAUGUCUUGUGUUCUCGUCCGGCAUUCCAUGGCACCCAAGACUCGAACUGCCAUCUCUGUUUCUCAGAUACUGCUCCAUGCCUUCAGUCACACGGGAAGGACACCUCUGAGAAGCUGUCACUAAACAGAAACUGUAGAGAUUAAAAGCGUCUUGCUGCCACACUGAAGUUAACCUACUGCCACUCUGACACGAUACAACACCCUACCACGAGUCCUGAUAUUUCAUUUAUUCCCUCGUCCCUUCAAAACUCCCCCUGACCAAAGAAGGCCUUUAAAACCAGAGCUAUCAGUUUUUUGAAAACAGUUUUUAUCGUGGUGAAAUAUAGACCACAAGGCAUUUGUCAGUUCAACACUUUCUGACGUUCCUGUGUGAGCCCGAACUCGACGAGACUGCUUUGUUUUUCCAGGUCUCAAAACUCUUCCGCCUUUCACAGGGUACCAUCUUACUGCUUUUCUACAGCGCAUUUUAGUGGAAAAUGUUUGUGUUUUCCUUCUCUGACAGCUCUCCGCCUUACACAGGUUCAGCUUUUGCACGCUUUAACUGUGUAACUCGGUGAUGUUGAGUACAUUCUACAUGUUGUACGUUUACUCUCACUGCCUUUUUUUAAAUUAAGGGGCCCUGGUGGCACAGUGGUUAAGUGCUCAGCUGUGAACCAGAAGGUCAACGGUUCCAGCCCACCAGCGGCUCUUCUGGAGAAAGGUGUGGCAGUCUGCUUCUGUAAAGAUUACGACCUUGGAAACCCUAUGGGCCAGUUCUACUUUGUCCUAUAAGGUCACUACGAGUUGGAUUUUCCUUUGUUUUGUUUCAUUUUUAACUAUUUCACCAGUAUUAAAAUAAACUCAGUGCUCCCAAAGCAAAAACUUACCCUCACGCCCUCCUCAAAAAACCAAAAAAACAAACCUGUUGCUGUGUUGUCCAUUCCGACUCACAGCGACCCUACAGGACAGAGUAGAACUGCCCCAUAGUGUUUCCAAGGAGCGCCUGGUGGAUUCGAACUGCUGACCUUUUGGUUAGCAGUAUGCUCUUAAUCACCACUAUUUAUCUCCUCCUAGGGAUUGAUUUUUUUUUUCUUUUUAAUUGUGGUGAAAAUACACACAACAGAACCCUCACUAAUUCAUCAAUUUCCACGUAUACAAUUCAGUGACGUGGAUUAAAUUCUUCAGGUUGUACGACCUUGGCCUGUGAUUGAUUUUUUUUUUUUUUUUUAAUACACAGUCUCGUUGUGCAGUAAAACCUGUGAAAAUGGAAACCCACGUACGGCAUAAACUCGUCUGAGAAGGAAAACUCGAAUAUUUUCCAGUAAAACGAGCGAUAGAAAAAUGAUAAGACUGCACCCUGUCAAAGGCGGAAAACUUGCGAGACCCAGAAAAACAAGGCAGUCCCGUUGAGUCCCAGCUCUGACAAGUUUCACUGUAUAGCAAAGAACUCUUUUUCCCCAGAGGUCACUUUUUAUAUAGUGUUUUAUAUAUAUAUAUAUAUAUUUUUUUUUCUUUCUAAUCAGACUAUGAGACUCGAAAGAGAAAAAAAUACUUUGUCUCAUUAAACGUAAUAAAUUAUUGGUCUUUACAAGACUUGCAUACAUUACAGCAGGUAUGGAAACACUCUAUUUUCUUUAGGUCCCUCCCCGUCCUCCUUCAAAUUCCGGAACCACUCUUAGAUUACUUUCCCAGUGGCAGGGGAGGCUGGGAUAUAGACUUUCCUUGUGUGCAAAAUUUAUCUUGGGAGCUGUGGUCGGGGGAGGCGGAGGGCGGGGAAGCAGAGAGAGCUAAGCCGUGACCCUACAAAAAAAAACGGAAUCCAGACUUUUUUUUCUCUGCGGUGGUGAAACUAUAGCUGUGGACCUUCAACCUCCCCCCAUCGUGGGUCACUCUGUGGUCCUGGAUUUGGGAGACUCCCUAUUUCCACGUCUGCUUUACUGUAUUUUUAAGGUCAAUAUACUGUACAUUUGAUAAUAAAAUAAUAUUUUCCAAAUA